UUGCUUGGAAUUUCGGUGCAAAUCACUCUGAGCAGCGUUGACAGCCACUGUCUGUGCCACAAUCGGAUGGCUGCUCUUUUGGAGCCUGUUGCCUUCCAAUUAUGGCCUCACUUUUAUCCUCUCUCAUAUCUUAUCAUUCCUGCCAUUUUUCGGCCACUUUUGCCCCAUCGGAAAGGCCUCACGACAGAGGCCUGUCUAACUGCGCCUGGGCCAAAGCAUGCCAGUUGUCUGACUGAGCAAUGGAAGCGCCGUACCAUUCUUACCACGGAAGCCUCGUUUCCCCACCUUCGACGCCGACUUGAGGUCGUGGAGACUUUGGAGACUGAUCUAUCGCCCAUAGACGGGGCCAUUGACGCCAUUCAGGCUGUAUUAUCUAAUUAG